AUAUUACAGGUAGUUGACGCGAGCACCUGCAGUAAAAAAUAUUGCUUGUGUGCGGUCCUUUGCACUCUGAAACAUCGACAUAUUGUUUUUGCUCCAAACAACACAAUUUUUGUUUUUGAACUUACCGAAAUACGUGUGUUACAUUGCGAGAGAAAUCAAGGCGCAAUAAGAAAAAAGGCAAAUUUUGCCGCCAGAUCUCUCGCCGAUCAGCUGUUUGUAUAGUAACGAUAGCAUAACGUAAAUAUUUGAUGUUUUAGUAGUAUCAUGUCCGAACAAGAUGUUUUUGGACCCGCUUUACCGCCUGGAUUUAGUAAAAACACACUAAGCGACGAACAAAGCAAUACCGAUGAACAAGAUCAGAAAGAAUCGUGUGAAUAUGGGCCUACAUUACCGCCUAGUAUGAGUAAAAACGUGCCAGAAACUGAAUUGAGAAACGAUGUUGCAUCAGAUCAAAACGACGCAUUUGAAUACGGACCCGCAUUGCCUCCAGGAUUCAUAAAGUCAAAUCCUGUCGUAGUCGGACCUUCGCUACCACAGGCGUCCGCUAAUAGUGAUAGUUCUGACGACGAAAUAAUUGGGCCGUUGCCGCCAAGCAAAUCAGACCAGUACGACUCAAAAACGAUAAUAGCCCACGAGUUUGAGAACCGUUCUGUGUCUAUGAAGGACAAGUUAACUGGUGACGGUAAACCAAAGAAAUUAGAACGUGAAGAAUGGAUGUUAGAGCUUCCACCUGUGCUCCAGGGGUUUGGGAUGGGGCCAAGACAGUUUAGAGCAAAACCGGUGGAAAUUGGUGACAGGUCAGGCUGGACCGAAACUCCAGGAGAUAAAAAUAAACCAAAGAAGAGUAAGCCAUUAUCCGCACAAAGUGUUAAGGAGAUGUAUGCUAAAGAAAGUGAUGUAGAAGUUCGUAAAGCGUUGUCUUCAUUUGAAGAAGAGGGGAGACAAGAAUCUUUGUACUCUAUGCGCUGCGACACUGUAUGUAUCAGUAGUACAGUGUGUUUUAAUGAAUGA